AUGGAGAGUUCUAAGAAUGGUAGAGAAUCAAAUGAAGUAAUUUCUGAGAGAGAAGAAAAUAUAAUAAAUUUUUUGGACUCCAUGGAUACCUAUCUAAUUCUUAUGGAUUCCUUGUCUUCAACACUCCGCCAGGGAUGGUUGGAGUUAGCUAGUGCACGAUAUUCAAUGGGUGCUUCACGUAUCAACAGUACCUUGUUUGACCUCAAAUUUCACCCUGCUUCAACAACUUUGCAAGUGAAUGAGCAAUCUGCUGGCCCUGACAGAGAGUUGCCACAUUUCACUUUAUGCAAAUGGGCAUCCUCCAGUAAUCCUGAGAAGAACUUUGAAGAAGCCAAAUUUGGGGAGGAUGAGUUGUUAAAGAUCAAGUCUAAUAAUCUUCAACAUCAGGAUACAUCUCAGAGUUCUGAAAAUCAGGCGAGAAGUCCAGAAAGUGUGGGAACCCCUGUUACUGUUGAUGAUCAAGCUCAAAGAGAACGUUCUAAAUCGCUCUCCAUGUUUGGAACUUUGGUGUCUCCUAAGCUUCGAGCUUCCCAAGUCUCAUUUGAGACAGCUCUCGAAAUGGUGGUAGAGGUAUCAAAUAUGCGAGCUUCACUGCUCAGUGCCUAUGAUCAAGCGCAGAAAGACAUGGACACCGCCCUCAAAUAA